UUGUAAACAUACAUAUAGUUAUAUCACUCAAUCGUUUCAAUGGAUUCGCGCUGGAAACCCCGCCCGUGGGCCGUCCCUAGCAGAGGCAUUAUAUUAUAGCAAGACAAGCGUGUCUCCGGAGACAGAUCUGUGUUCUGCAGCUCCAGACUGAGGCUCAGGGUGCCUCCAGCGCUUCAGACGAGCCUUUACACAAACACACAGACAUUUCUGCUGUCAGGACUCCGACACCUGCUCUGCUGCUCAGCUGAGACAAGACUCUAACAGAGGAGACACUUAAAGCUGUUAAAGAGAAGAUCGUCCUUCUUUUUUAUUUUGGGAAAAAUGAAACUUGAAGUUUUCUCUGCGCACCACUUCGUGCAGAAGCCGCUGGAGUUGUGCAUGGACGCAGAAGGGGGAGUCCCCUCUCCUCUGUCCGGGGACGAGCUGGGGUCGGACGGGGACUGCGUGGCCAACAGCCCGGCACCUGUCACUCAAGGCGGCGACGGUAGCAAGGGGAAGCCCUACACCCGCAGACCAAAACCCCCUUACUCCUACAUCGCCCUCAUCGCCAUGGCCAUCCGGGAGUCCAGCAGCGGCCGGCUCACUCUGGCAGAGAUCAACGACUACCUGAUGAAGAAGUUCCCGUUCUUCCGCGGCAGCUACACCGGCUGGAGGAACUCGGUGCGCCACAACCUGUCACUCAACGACUGCUUCCUCAAAGUGCUGCGGGACCCGUCCAGGCCCUGGGGCAAGGACAACUACUGGAUGCUCAACCCGCACAGCGAGUACACCUUCGCUGACGGGGUGUUCCGCCGCAGGAGGAAGCGCAUCGCCAAGAGGCCGUCCAAGGAGCAGGAGAGCCCGGACAUCCUCAGCGAGGACACCCGCCUACCCGCACCGGAGGAGAGGGUGGGGGCCAAGUUCUCCAGCUCCUUCGCCAUCGACAGCAUCCUCAGCAAACCCUUCAAACGGAGGGAGGACAUCCACGUAGACGCAGAGACUCCCGGCCCCCGGCUCUACUGGCCCCCAGGGGCCCACAUACUGCCCUAUACUCUGAACUAUCCGGCACAGCACACCUACCUGUCAGAGGUGGGGUACAGCAGCAUAGAGCCCAGCAGGGAUGCACUCACAUACCUCCAGCAGACAACACCGGGCAUGACCGGACCCGAGGCCGCCCCCCACGCGCUCAAGAUGCCCAAUAAGGCGCAUGGUUUCCAUAUAGACUCUCUGCUGUCAUAAAGCACCCGGACUGCUGUCAAACUUGUAUGUUUUGACCCAUGAUGUGCACUUUUGUGGGCGCUCUUAGCUUUCAGUGCUUUAGCUGUUUAUGUGUGGGACUCUGCCUGUCUCAUCAUGACUACUGUAAGUCAUUUUGCAGUGAAAAAAAAACAAACAUGGCGUGUUGUCAUUAUAGAUUUUAACUGUCUAGUGACUAAGCAAAUAGUUGCUGUUAUCGCAGGACAUUCCACUGUAUGUGUGUAUGCGUGUGCGUGUAAGAGACGUUUAGAGAGAGUGUUUGUAUUCAUGUAUCCAUGGUUCAUUGGUCAUUUCUACUGUAUGACGGCAACCAAGUGCCAUGUUGAAACAUAAAACUAUUAAUCUAUUUAUAUUUUCUUGUUUUGUAUGACCUGCUGUAUAAAAUAUUGUUGUAAAUAAAGAAAAAAAAAUAUUGACUGAGCUGCGGUGAGAAUCACGUGGCUGCACUAGAAAACGCAUGGAAAUGCCCGAUGUUUUUUUUUCCUAAGAUUGA